AUGCUCAGCAAGCAGCGGCUCAAUCGACCGGUUUCGCCGCACCUGGAGAUAUACAAGAUCGAACAGACGUAUCUCGGGUCCUCGGCCUGGAUGCGCAUCACCGGCUGCACCUUGACCGGGGCGGCAUACGCCUACUUUGCUUGCUACCUCGUGGCACCAGCGUUUGGCUGGAACUUGGACAGCGCCGCCGUGGCCGACGCGUUUGCCGGCUUGCCGUUUGCCGCCAAGAGUCUGGUCAAGUUUGCGCUGGCAUUUCCCUUUUCGUUUCACCUGCUGAACGGUGUCAAGCAGUUGGUGUAUGACAUGGGGAUAGGGUACAAGAAGACGACCAUUGUCAAGGCAGAUUACUAUGUAUGGCUGGCUGCCGCGGUGGGAGGACUGCUGGUUACAUUCGGGCUAUGA